CUGCUGCAGUCGGCCUGCCCCGUCUGCCUCGGAGCCUGCUGGGAGUUGGGGGGGAGCAAGCUGGAGGAAGUCAGUGAUUGUGUGGGGUCGCGGCUGGAUGUUUGAGAAACCACACACGCUCACCAUCGAGGCUGUUUUAAACACGCAGGCUGGCUCGCUACUUUUUGCAGCGCCGCGCAAACUUGCUUGCUGGAUUUCCUUCCUCUACUGUUGCUCCGGGAGUUGACGGGAUCCUUUCCACCCGGAGAAGGAAGACAUCCGAACCGCGCUCGGAACCAACCGAGGGGAGGGGAAAAUGAACUAAACGUUCGUCCAUCUCCCUCUGGAAGUCUUCGUGCGGGUGAUGCGUCGACUUCAGUAGGAUCCUGUUGACAACAAGAAGUUUACCAGCAGCUCCGGAUAGAAAACACCAACGCUGAAAAAAAAAUGUCCUCGCCGCGGUUCAAGAAGGAUAAAGAGAUCAUCGCCGAUUACGAGAGCCAAGUGAAAGAAAUCCGAGCCCAGUUGGUUGAACAGCAGAAAUGUCUGGACCAGCAAACCGAGAUGAGGGUCCAGCUGCUGCAGGAUCUGCAGGACUUUUUCAGGAAGAAAGCGGAGAUUGAGAUGGAAUACUCCCGAAACUUGGAGAAGCUGGCUGAACGCUUCAUGGCCAAGACUCGGAGCACCAAGGACCAUCAGCAGUACAAAAAAGACCAGAACCUUCUGUCUCCAGUCAACUGUUGGUACUUGCUGCUGAACCAAGUGAGGAGAGAAAGCAAGGACCACGCCACCCUCAGCGAUAUCUACCUCAACAAUGUCAUUAUGAGGUUCAUGCAGAUCAGUGAUGACUCUACGCGGCUUUUGAAGAAGAGUAAGGAAAUCGCCUUUCAGCUGCAGGAAGACUUAAUGAAGGUCCUCAACGAGUUGUACACAGUGAUGAAGACGUACCACAUGUACCACUCAGAGAGCAUCAGUGCUGAGAGCAAGCUGAAAGAAGCCGAGAAACAGGAGGAGAAGCAGAUCAGCAGAGGAGAUCCGGUCUUCAGCAUCCGCAUGGAGGACAAGUACCAAAAGCGGAACUCUGUGAAGAAGAUCGAGAAGAUGAAGGAGAAGCGUCAAGCGAAGUACUCUGAGAACAAGCUGAAGUCAAUCAAAGCAAGGAACGAGUACCUGCUGACGCUGGAGGCGUCAAACUCCUCCGUCUUCAAAUACUACAUCCACGACUUGUCGGACUUAAUAGAUUGCUGUGAUUUGGGGUACCAUGCCAGUCUGAACCGAGCCCUGCGGACCUACCUUUCUGCCGAGUACAACCUGGAGACGUCCCGUCACGAGGGCCUGGACAUUAUCGAAAACGCCGUGGACAGCCUGGACCCUCGAAGCGACCGGCAGAGGUUCAUGGAGAUGUACCCAACGGCCUUCUGUCCUCCUUCCAAGUUUGAGUUCCAAGCUCACAUGGGAGACGAGGUGUGUCAGAUCUCGGUGCAGCCGCCGGUUCACGGGGAGCUCAUACUGAGAUUCCAGCAGCUCCAGUCUCGGCUGACGACGCUGAAGAUAGAAAAUGAGGAGAUCAAAAAGACGUCUGAGGCUACACUAACAACUAUCCAGGACAUGGUGACCAUCGAGGACUAUGAUGUAUCGGAUUGCUUUCAUCACAGCCGCUCGACCGAGUCUGUCAAGUCCACCGUUUCGGAGACGUACCUCAGCAAACCCAGCAUCGCCAAGAGGAGGGCCAACCAGCAGGAAACUGAGCAGUUCUAUUUCAUGAAAUUCCGGGAGUAUCUGGAAGGCAGUAAUCUCAUCUCCAAACUGCAGGCCAAACAUGACGUGCUGAAGAGGACGCUCGGAGAAGGCCACCGAGCUGACUACAUGACCACAAGACAUCCAAACGGGGCGUACAAAACCCACACUGGCACCCGGCGUGCCAGGCCCCGCUCUGUUUUUAAUGUUAGGUUAUUUAAUGGCAAUUUGGAGACGUUUAUCAAGGACUCUGGACAGGCUAUCCCUCGUGUGGUGGAAAGCUGCAUCCGCUACAUCAACCUCUACGGGCUGCAACAUCAAGGAAUAUUUCGGGUGUCUGGAUCCCAGCUGGAAGUCAAUGACAUCAAGAACUCAUUUGAAAGAGGAAACGACCCACUGACAGACGAGGAGAAUAACCAUGACAUCAACUCUGUGGCUGGCGUGCUGAAGCUUUACUUCCGGGGUUUGGAGAACCCUCUGUUUCCAAAAGAGAGGUUCAACGACCUGCUGUCCUGCAUCAGAAUCGAGAACUUGUACGAGAGGGCGCUGUACAUCCGGAAGAUUCUGCUGACCAUUCCGAGAUCAGUCCUCGUCGUCAUGCGCUACCUCUUCGCCUUCCUCAACCAUCUUUCCCAGUACAGCGAUGAGAACAUGAUGGACGCGUACAACUUGGCCAUCUGCUUUGGCCCCACGCUCAUGCCCACGCCGGAGAGCCAGGACCAAGUCUCCUGCCAGGCGCAUGUCAACGAGAUUGUCAAGACCAUCAUCAUACACCACGAGACUAUCUUCCCCGACGCCAAAGAACUGGACGGGCCCAUCUAUGAGAAGUGCAUGGCUGGAGGAGAGUACUGUGAGAGCCCUUACAGCGAGCACGGAGCCCUCGAGGAGGUGGACAAUGAGGGAGGUGCGGAGACGCACACCAGUGAGGAUGAGGGCGAGCCCAUUGAAGCCAUUGCCAAGUUCGACUAUGUCGGGCGCUCAUCCAGAGAGCUGUCCUUCAAGAAGGGCGCCUCCCUCCUGCUGUACCAGCGGGCGUCAGAAGACUGGUGGGAGGGACGUCACAACGGCAUCGACGGCCUGGUGCCACACCAGUACAUCGUCGUCCAGGACAUAGAUGACAACUUCUCAGACACCCUGAGUCAGAAGGCUGACAGCGAGGCCAGCAGCGGCCACGGGGGAGAGGAGAAGUGUUCGGGGAAAGACAUCAGCUCGCCCACUGACACCAGGAUCUCGGAGGCUUACAUCAGCAGGCACAGGAAACGUUCCGACCCACCCACUCGCCGCCCGCCUGCCCGCCCCAGCGACGUCCACUGCAUGGUGCACCCCUCUCAGCAGGGCCACGGGGCCACCCCUGAGAUGGGCUCCCCUGUUCUCGGCCACUUCAGCCCACGUGACAUGCUUCGUAGCCGCAAUCAGAUGGACAGCCCUGAGCGCCGGCGCCGCACCGGCCACGGCAGUCUGACAAACAUCAGCCGUCACGAGUCCCUGAAGAAGAUGGAGAGCCCCCCCAUUCGCCGCUCCACCUCUUCGGGCCAGUACACGGGCUUCUCAGAACCGCACCAUCACCAUCUUCACCACCACCACCACCACCACGGUGGCAAGCCCCUGGACCCGGAGACCAUCGCACAGGACAUAGAGGAGACGAUGAACACAGCUCUGAAUGAGCUGCGCGAGCUGGAGCGGCAGAGCUCGGCCAAGCACGCCCCCGAUGUGGUGCUGGACACCCUGGAGCAGCGGCAGUCCUCGGGCAGCAGUGGCGGGGGCCCCACGCCAGCCAGCUCCAGCGAGUCCCUCAGCCCCGUCCACGGCGUCACGCUGAGGUCCACUGCCAACGCCGAGCCACCGUACCGCCGCAGCACCGGCUCCUCCAGCGAAGCCUUGAGCACAUUCAAGCCUGCCGUCGCACCACGGAUGGGGGUUCACCUUAAACCUCCCGCCCUCCGACCAAAACCCAUGGUGCUGCCUAAGUCUGGUCAGGCCCCUCCUCCCGCAGCUGCGUCUUCCCAGGACCCUCAGGACAAGUCCUGCACCAUGUGACCAUGAAGUAGAGGAGGCGGAACCAAAAUUCAGAAUCGACUUUUAAGUGAUAUUUUGGGAAUGCGACAAAAACGAUUAAAGAACUGGAUUGUAAACGUCCCAGAUUGAUUUCAGCCAACAGGUCCUUGACUAAACACAAGUUUAGACAUAAAUCCUAGCUAAGAACUACAGUUCGCAAACAAAAUAAAUUGGUCGACAGAAACAAAACAAAGCUGUUUUGAAAACUAAUGUUAAGAACCUGAAAUGGAUUCGAUAAUGUAUCAGUCAUCCCAACCUCACAUCCCACCACCAAAGGCCGAGUUUCCCGGGUUCUUGAACGCAGCGUAGGGUCUGACCAAAGGGGCCAAAAUCAAGAAAAGAAUACAGAGAAGUCAGGCCUGAACUUUAUUAAACUGAUGUUCCAAAGCAUCAAUGACUUCUUUGAUUUACCGAUUUUUGGGAAGCGUGCGUUUAGUUUUCAACACAAAAUGGUGCAUGUGCCUCUUUUUCUGACCCACUCCAUUUGAACAUGCCCCUUGUGUUCUGAAGUUAAAACCUGUCUGGGCUCACCAAGGUGCUGAUCACGUCACGAUUGUAGAAAUGAUCCAAUGUUGAAGCUAAAUUGUAUAUACAACUCUCACCAAUGGCAAUUCAGAAUGAAGACAGUGCUGUGUUGAAAGUGCUUUCAGAACAGCUAUCACAGUUAACAGACUCCAGCUCAGCUCAUAUGGGCAGUUCACCUGGUGCAUUCACUGACCUCAUACGUCGGACCUCGUGUUUAUCACUCCUGCAGAACAAUCAGUGUUACAUUUGCUAAGGGAAGACUUUGACUGGAUAUUCUGCCCAGAAGCAGCAACACCACCUUGUUCGCCAUCUAUGCAUCAACGCAACAGAUCAUUUGGUGCCAGCACAUUCUUCCCACAUGAGUUCUCUCAUUCAUUCCCUGUGUGAGUGUGAUGAGGUAAAACCACUACGAUGUUUCUGAACUGUACAGCUGACCACCUUUCACAAGGACAUAAAGUAUAUAUGCAUUAAACGCAUGAAUGUGACCCUCUUGGUGUUUGUUUAGACUCCAGGUGGCGCUCGUCGUUGCCAGUAGUAGCCAUGGACCUGGUGACUGUUGGUGUAAAUCUGAUGAAACUGUGUAUGUACCUGCAGAGGGCGCGAGAUAUUUCCUGUACAUAGCAACCCCAAGUUAAAUAAUGAUUACAGAAUACUAACUUUCGUUAUUUUUAUAAUCUUUAUUUUUGUUUUUUUCUGGCUGGACAAGAGGUGGAUUUAGAACAAAAGUGCUGUAGGAUAAUAAUUAAACAGAGAAAUCAACUUUAUUGUAUAAAUAAACAACCGUGUGUUUGUCAUUCGUGGACAUCUGUGGAAGUGCCUUUCGACUGAUGUUUUAAGGACCUUCAUCCUCUUCGUCGUCCGUUCCACGGUUAUAUCAGAGUUCAUUGACAGUGUACACCUGGUGACAUUGCACUUCGAUGUACAUACAUGUAUAUACAGCAUGUAGCAGCAUAACGUUUAGAGUUCUUGAAGACUCUGGAGCAGUUUGUUUCUAAUAAAGGAGAUAGUUUGUUGAGUCUGACUGAGUUUUU